CGCCCACUGAGAAAAAGUCCCACGACGUCACGCACACAACGCAUAACACGGAAGUGAACUCGGCGAAAACUAAACACUAAACCCUAACCUCUUAAAAGUGGUCUUUAAAUCUGCUUAGUUGCUCCUGGUAGACUGAUAAAAUGCUUGGUGGAGGCUUUAAAGCAAAUAGGCUAAGUAUCAAUCUAAAGCUUGCCAUCAGUAGACUGAAGCUUCUGGAGAAAAAGAAAACUGAGCUUGCUCAGAAGGCUCGGAAGGAGAUUGCUGAUUACCUAUCGUCAGGUAAAGAUGAGAGGGCACGGAUCCGAGUGGAGCAGAUCAUCAGAGAAGACUAUCUGGUGGAGGCUAUGGAGAUCCUGGAGCUGUACUGUGACCUGCUCCUGGCUCGAUUUGGCCUCAUUCAAUCAAUGAAAGAGCUGGAUCCAGGCUUACAAGAGGCGGUUUCUACUCUCAUUUGGGCAGCCCCACGUCUUCAAUGUGAAGUGACUGAGCUUAAAACUGUGUCUGAACAGCUGUGUGCAAAAUACAGUAAGGAGUAUGGGAAACUGUGCAGGACAAAUCAGAUUGGAACUGUUAAUGAAAGGUUGAUGCAUAAAAUGAGUGUCGAGGCCCCUCCUAAAAUUCUUGUGGAGCGUUACCUGAUAGAGAUCGCUAAGAACUAUAAUGUGCCAUACGAGCCUGAUGCCAUGGUCCAUCCGGAGGUGUGUCCUGGGGAAGAGGCUGAUCUGAUUGAUGUGCACAAUGACAGGAAGGGAGGUGGUGGAGGAGGCGGCGGUGGCGGUGGCUUCACUGCUCCAAUGGCUCCAAUGCCCAUGGGCCCGAUGCCCAUGCCCAUGCCCAUGCCAACAGCCUUCAACUAUCCUGCACCCAAAGGAGCUCAACCAUUUGGUGCCCCUGUUGGGACCUACAACAACUUCCAGCCCCCCAUGGGAGGAGGGCAGCCCCCUCAGCUGCCCACUUCUCCCCCCACAUACGAGUCCAUUGAUGACUUAAAUGACAAUUCCUCUGCCCCUUCGCAGACUGUUGCUUCUGGUCCUUCCCCUCCUGGAUUCGACAGCAAUGCUUUGCCAGAGCUGCCUUCAGUUCCUGACACUCUCCCCGCGUCUUCAUUUGGUGGAAAAACAACAUCCUCAGACGACAUUGAUUUUGAUGAUUUGACACGAAGGUUUGAAGAGCUCAAGAAGAAGACCUAAAUGGUUCAGUGCAUUUUCAAACACAUAUAAAUAGGAAAAUAGAACAUAUUUAAUCUUAUCAGCCUCAGUUCAGAUUUUUCUUUACAUAAAUCUGUACCUCAUCUAGACCAAAAUGACCAUUUAACUGAGAGGGGUGGUGGCCUAUCUAACCUUGUCAAUCCCUAUCAAAGCAGGGAUUUAAUUAUUAAUUCAUUUGUUAAUAAUUAAGAAUCAUUAUUAAUCAUGACAUGGCAUAUCCAUUCAUUUAAAGUAUGUUCUUUUAUACUAGCCCUUUAACCUACUUGAUGAUGUAUUAUCUUUGUGUUAUGUGGGGUUUACCAGAGUCAUUUUCUUUUCCAUGCCUUAUUGUCCUUCUCUCAUGGUGCCACUGUGAUUCAUGCUACAGACUUCAGUCAGACUAGUUCAACAGGUUUGGUUUUCUCAAGCCCAUAUAGUCUGAACUGGCUUUUAAUAUAACCUGCUGUUGAGAUCACUGAUGACAUAAUGCUCUAUAUAUCUGAAUGCAAUGGCAGUGACAUUAAAGUGUUUCUCAGUAAAAAAGCACUCCAAUGACAAUGGAAAACAAUUUUUUCUAUUUUAAGAUGUUUUGCAGGUAGUGAACAGAUAGUUACACUUCCCCUCCUUCCUCAGUAGAGUCACAUGGUGUUGAGGAAGGUGGUAGAGUGCAGCCCAAACUGUCACGGUAUGAAAUAAACCUGUACAUAAGAAUCUAAAGCAUGAUUAUAACACAAAACCUAAUGACCUUAAUUGAACUAGUUAGUUAAGAAUCUGUGAUAUAUAAAAAUACAUCUAUUUACAUAAAAGAAGAAGCCCCUGUGAUGAAUGAAAUCUGCAAGUGUAACUGCUGUAUGUGCACACCAGCCUUAGUUUCUCAUUGAGGCCUUGUUCACUUUUAAUGUGUAUUUUAAUUUAUUUAGUCUAAAAAUAACUCUUUUUAAAUGUGCCCCAAGUUAGUAGAGUUCAAAUAGCUACACAAUACGUUUGGUUGUUGAUGUCACGCUCUGAUCUGGCCACGCCCAUGUGUUUUGCGUUGCAAAUGAAAUGUGUCUUUGAUGGGACUGAGUUUUCUCAGGAAAAGACGCAGUAAACAACGUUUUAGACGAGUACCAUUUGUUCUUAACAUGUUGUAAAGAGCCUUGAGAUUAUCCACGCUACAGAACUGUGAUCACGCUGUCUUUUCUAUUUGGGACUGUUCUUUCAUACUACAACUUAAGACACACAAUCGUGUCUUAUUGCAAAAAAUAAAAAUAAUAAAAUAAAUAAAAAGAGUAAAUGUAAAUUGAAACUGUUUAAUAAAUACUACUUUAACUUGAAUACAA